AUGGUUACAGCCAAGCAAAACGCCACUUUUGACUCUGGGAUACAGAGAUUUUUUUCUGAACAAAUCAACAGUGAUAAAACUGGUAAUCAUAAAAUUGUGCUUAUUAUGGAUGAGAAGAUACAAUCUAAAAAAAAUCUAGUUGACGAGGAUAUUACUUCUAGUAUUGAUUCAGAUGAGGAGAUAGAUGUAGAAACUAUUAUCGGUGAUAAUUGUACUGUACCUAAACCAGAACCACCUAAUGUGAAACUGGAUAAGCCAGCUUCAAUGGAGAAAAGACAAACAAGAUCGAGUGGGUGUCACGUCACUCAGCGAGGAUUUGAUUGGGGAGCAAAUAUGGAAGCAUAG